GGAAAUGUAGGAGCUGCAGGAAGAAUAAACUGGAGGCGCCUGGAAGAAAUUAUAGAUGCGGGAAAACAGUAGAAUAAGAACCUGCGUUCGACAGUUAAAUACUUUCACCCACAUGCUUGGAAAAACUUGAAUUUAAUGAAAGCUCUUGUCAUCGGUUUUGACUACUGUUUGAUAAUUAAAUGAAAAAAAAAACAUUAAUUUUGAACAACUUAGUUAAGUGACAAGAUGUUAGUACAUCCAUAUAGUCAUAUAUGUUGAGCAUAUCCAUUUAUUACAGUAGAUAUUUAUGCAUACCUGCGAAGACAUCCUAAGAACAACUUGAAGGUUUUUUUUUAUUUUUUAAACUGAGGACCUGAACAUUGCACAGUGAUUCAUUUGGAGAUUUUUUUUUUUUUUCUUUUUCUCCUUUUUUUUUUUAAAUUUCCCAUUGAAUUCUCACCAAAGUGUCUGAGAAGUUUUCCUCCAUCCGCGGACUCCCAUCCUGCACAGGACUAAGGAAUCGCCACACACCCAUUCAAGAUGAGAUGCGAUAAAGUUAUCACCUACCUGAGGAUUUUUGGCACAACACUAUUUGGGGUCUCACUACUUGUGGGAAUCUCUACAGCCUACAUCAUGGGCUACCAGUUCUUCACAAUUGAGAACAACUACUUCUCCUUCGGGCUUUAUGGAGCCAUUUUGGUCACCCACCUCAUCAUCCAGAGUUUGUUCGCCUUGCUGGAGCACAGAAAAAUGAGACGCUCCUUGGAGACCCCCAUUAAACUGAACAAAUCGCUUGCCCUCUGCAUCGCGGCCUACCAGGAGGACCCCAACUACCUGAGAAAGUGCCUUAUUUCCGUCAAGCGGCUGACCUACCCAGGGAUAAAGGUCAUCAUGGUUAUUGACGGGAAUAACGAGGAUGACACGUACAUGAUGGACAUCUUCCGCGACAUCAUGGGUAGGGACAAAGCUGCCACGUAUGUUUGGAAGAGCAACUACCACCAGAAGGGGCCUGAGGAGAGUGACGAGGACUACGCGGAGAGUUUACAGCAUGUCUCCCGCUUGGUUCUCUCCAACAAGUGUGUCUGCAUCAUGCAGAAGUGGGGAGGGAAGAGAGAAGUAAUGUACACAGCCUUCAAAGCCCUAGGGAGGAGCGUGGACUAUGUGCAGGUGUGUGACUCUGACACCAUGCUGGAUCCAGCUUGCUCGGUGGAGAUGGUGAAGGUGCUGGAAGAGGACACCAUGGUGGGUGGAGUUGGAGGUGAUGUGCAGAUCCUAAACAAGUAUGAAUCAUGGAUCUCGUUUCUGAGCAGUGUGCGGUACUGGAUGGCCUUCAACAUUGAGAGGGCAUGUCAGUCUUACUUUGGCUGUGUGCAGUGCAUCAGUGGACCUUUGGGCAUGUACAGGAACUCCUUGCUCCAUGAGUUUCUUGAGGACUGGUAUAACCAAACUUUCAUGGGCAGCCACUGCAGCUUUGGUGAUGACCGCCACCUCACAAACCGUGUUCUGAGCCUGGGUUAUGCUACCAAGUACACGGCCAGGUCCAAGUGCCUGACUGAGACACCUAUUACGUACCUGCGCUGGCUGAACCAGCAAACCAGGUGGAGUAAGUCCUACUUCAGAGAGUGGCUCUACAAUGCCAUGUGGUUCCACAAACACCACUUAUGGAUGACCUAUGAGGCAGUUAUCACGGGCUUCUUCCCUUUCUUCCUCAUUGCCACUGCUAUCCAGCUCUUCUACCAGGGCAGGAUCUGGAACAUUCUCCUCUUCCUGCUAAUCGUGCAGGCAGUGGCACUCAUCAAGUCUUCCUUUGCCAGCUGCCUACGAGGAAACAUAGUCAUGGUCUUCAUGUCCUUCUACUCGGUUUUAUACAUGUCGAGUUUGCUUCCAGCCAAGAUGUUUGCGAUAGCAACUAUAAACAAAGCUGGCUGGGGAACUUCGGGGAGGAAGACCAUCGUGGUGAACUUCAUAGGGCUUAUUCCAAUCUCAGUUUGGUUCACAAUCCUGUUUUUUGGUGUUGUCUUCACAAUAGUCCAAGAAACUAAGAAACCCUUUCCAGAGUCUGAAAAGAUAGUGUUGAUAAUCGGUGCAAUAGUGUACGCCAGUUAUUGGGUUAUAUUUUUGUCUUUGUACGUGGUCUUAAUUACUAAAUGUGGCAGGAGGAAGAAGGAGCAGCAGUAUGAUAUGGUGCUUGAUGUAUAGUAGCAUCCUCCAAGCCGCUUCCCGCUACGUUUACAUUGUGAAGAAUCUCAAGACUGCUCAUCGGUGGACUGAGUAGGUGACGAGAGGUGAUGUCACUAUGGGAGACAAACCAUUGCUGCUGUGACUGAAACAAAGGAUAUCCCUUUUUUUAGAAAAAGAAAUGUUCAAAAUGAACAUUUUUUGUUUUUACAAAUUAUAACCACCAAAUGGACAGGUUCUUUUUUUAAUUUUAUUUUUUUAAUAUGAAAGGAACUGGCAUGAGUUCAAUACCUAUGCACUUUUGUCUCACUCUCAUUGUACAUAAUGCUUGACAGAUUAAUAUGAUGAAAAAUACCUCAGUGGUCAUGUUUGCAUUGUGUUGAUGAUUGGGAUGCUGUUAGAAAAGGCCUAAAGUGUCAAGUAAUUUAUAGUCCAUCACAACAGGAGGCCUUUUUCUACUUUUUUGAUGAAAGCCAAAGUAGGACUUCUCAGCACAUUCACCAGGCUGUAGUUUUAAAUAUGUAUACUGUAUUUUUUAUUUGUAUUGCCUUUUAUAUAGACAUGUUUAUUUUAUUUUUGCUUAGCCACCAAAGAGUCUCUAUAUUUUCAUUCCUUUUUAUACAAUACAAAUGCAUUGUGCAUAGUUGACUGUUAUGACUUUUAUGACCAAAAAUGUGAAAUUAUGCAUCUGGGUUUGUGUGUUGUCAUUGACGAGACUAAAAUGCAAUUCUAGGUAUAAAUUAUUAGUUAACUAAGGUGAUUAACCUGUGGUGUACAUGGAUUGAGAACCAGCAUAUUUAUAAGAACAUUCUGUGGUUUAUAGCUUUAUCUGUGUGAUAAUUAUAUUUCAAUAAUGGCUUUGUCAUCAACAAACCAGGAUCUAUUGCAAAGCAUUUUAUGUUGUGCCAAAUGUGUAUCUUGAAUUAUGAAGCAAUCCUGCAACUAUUCCAUAAUGUGUCCAAGAAAUUUCAUGUCAGGGAAAUAGAAAUAUAUAUAUCUAUAAUGGCAAAUUAAAUGCAAUAGACAUAAUCAAAUCCUGCACAAAACCCAAUUUUGCACAAAUAAAAAUCAAUGAAUUGUAGGCAUUUU